CUCGAUGAUUUGUUUUUUGUACACGUUGCCGUUCUUACACGUUAGCUUCACUGUUUAAGUUCACAUAAAUGCUGCCGUGUGAAUUGAACGUGUUCCAAUGAUGAGCUGCUGUUAGCAUUGCCUAGCUAGUUUGUUGGUAAUCGAUGCUUCAAGGUUAUAAAAUCCCGGUUCUGGAAAACCUGGGGGCCACUCUGGACCAGUUUGACACAGUGGACUUCUCGGACAAUGAAGUGCGAAAACUUGACGGCUUCCCGCUUCUCAGACGACUGAAAACGCUGCUGAUGAACAACAACAGGAUCUGUCGCAUAGGAGAGAACUUGGAGCAGUGUCUUCCCAGUCUCAGAGAGCUCAUCCUGACCAACAACAACAUCCAGGAGCUGGGUGACUUGGAGCCGCUGGCCUCAGUGAAGACGCUGACUCUCCUCAGCUUGUUGAGGAACCCCGUGACCAACAAGAAGCACUACAGGCUGUACGUCAUCAACAAAAUCCCACAGAUCCGAGUGCUCGACUUUCAGAAGGUCAAACUCAAGGAACGCCAGGAGGCGGAGAAAAUGUUCAAAGGCAAACGCGGUGCUCAGCUGGCAAAGGAUAUUGCCAAGCAAACCAAAACGUUCACGCCGGGCAUGGCGGCACAGCUUGAGAUGAAGAGGGCGGGACCGUCGCACGCUGACGUGGAAGCCAUCAAGAACGCCAUCGCUAACGCAUCCUCGCUGGCCGAGGUGGAGCGCUUGAAAGGAAUGCUGCAGGCGGGUCAGAUCCCAGGUCGCGACCUCCGAGAAGGUGCUGCUGGCAUGGAGGAGGAAGAAGAGGAGGCGGAUGGUGACGCCCCCCCUAUGGACACUCACAUGUGCGGGGCCUCUGCAGAGAUGGAAGAGGAAGACAUGGAAGAAGUGCCUCAUGUUAACGGCUCGUGAAGUCUUUUUUUUUUGUUUCAUGUUUAUGUUAAAUGUCUCCUUUUUUAAUGAGUGAAACGACAUUAAAGUUUGAGGUUUUUUUUACUUUCUACUGCUGCUGUGUGACGAUGGCUCUUCGGUAACGGCACAAAAUGUCAGUUUUUGUGAAAUAAGAACUUGUAGAUUUCCAGGUUGCAUCUUUUGACCUCACCUUGCUAACAUCGCUAACUCCAUGCACAGUCAAGCCUCGGUUUUUGUUGACUUCUUUCAACGUUUUGUCGGGGUUUUGUACAGUAUUGUGCGUAACAAACUAGUCCUGCUGGACUGCUAAGGAACGUCUGCGAUUGGCUGGCAACCAGUCCAGGGUGUACCCCGCCUCUUGGCCGAAGUCAGCUGGGGUAGGCUCCAGCGUACCCCUGCGACCCUAAUUAGGAUAAGGGGCAUAGAAGAUGGAUGGAUGCUAUGGAAAGUUGUGCCAACAGUUUAGCCGCCUCGUGUGUGAUUCCAAUAUGACAACAUAGAAGACGUGAACAGAAGCCACAGUCGCCUGUGUUUGGCCUUGUGAAGAGACUGUCCUCCCAGGAGCGCGUAUGAGUGCACAUUCACUACCCUUUCAUGAGUUCAUGGUGAGUGCACGUUUUGGUUUUUCUACCUUUUACUAUCAGUAUUACAUUUCCUAAAGGUUUGACCCUGGAACAGACUAUUGAUAUUAUUUCCUGUUAGAUGCUCUUAAUCAUUGAUCACCCGGCGUCCUGGAAGAAAUGUUCAAACUUGGAGAGGUUCUAAUGUAACCCCACUUAUCACCUCUGUCCAAGUGGUGGAGGCAGAUGUCCGCCCACAGACCAUAGGGUUCCUCGAUCAUGUCUCUAAAGUCAAUAGAAGCGUGUGUGCUCCACCAUCAUGGCGUCCACACCCUGCUUGCAGGUGACGCAGUGCCUUUGGGCAAGGCGUGUCAGAGAAGGUCUUAUUUUAUGUCCAGUGAAGCCGUUGGUUUAUGCCUCUAUUGAUUUAUUAAAUCUAACCUCACUUUCAUCUUAGGCCACGUGAUUACAUACACAAACAUGGUAACGAAGAGCGGGAUUGUGGGCCAGCAUAAAAUAUUAAAAUAAUAAUUUCAUAUUUUCACGUGAGUUCAUUACAGUACUUCUGUUCAAUGAGGUUGUGUCCAUUUCCUCCAUUUUCCUGGGAAGUUUCCCUUAUUCUCCCAUAUUUAUGUUGGCUGAGGAGUGAUUAUUUCCCAUCACCGAGCCCUCCAAGUCGUCAUUGUUCCCCCCAUGAGACGUCACUGCCUUUGUUCCACCGCACGGGGGGGCCAGCGGCGCCUUCAUAACUGCCACACCUCUUUCUCGCUACACACUCCACCUGGCAGCAAGCCACGGCUCUGUCAUGACGACAGACUCACAGUGUCUGACGUGACGACAACAGCAGCAGUUCAAUUCCAUCACCACAUAAGCGUCUCCAACUCCAAACAAACACGUACGUCUCUAGUCCGUUUGUCAUUGCAACGACGCUUCCCGGACCGUGAGAUGCAUUGACGGACUCUCGGAACAUCACAAGAAAGUCUAUUAUGGGUGUACGGGUGGUCGAAAUAAACAAAAACGCAAAUAAAAUCAAUAAGUGGAUAUUCUUAUCACCCACUUUGUAACUCUUGAUGCGGAAAUACUUGCUGCAUUUACGUAUGCUCGGAAAUUCCAGAAAAUUCCCUCAAACAUGUUAAUUCGUCUCAUAUGACGUGGUGUCUUAGAACGCAACUCCUCGUUGCCCAUAAUGACACAGUUAAAGGUCACCAGUGUUCUAUAAAUACAUUUUCAGACAACUUGAUUUAAAUUUUAAUUCAUACAAAUAUAAAUGAUCCUGCCCUGUCAUUUAUCUUGCUUUCAAUAAAAUACAGUAAAAAUGGGCACGUUUCAGACAUAAUAAUGCUAAUGGUUUAAUUUACUUUGAACAUGCAUACAAGUUGCACUGGAAUACAUCACAUAGUACAAUUCACAGUUCUACAUGUCCAAAAAGGAGUAGAAAGAAGCAAAGUUAUUUAAUCCUUCGCCCCAUCUGUUUCACACACACACACACACACACACACACACACACACACACACACACACAGUCAUGGGAAAAAUGAUGAGACCACCCUUGUUUUUUUAUUCCUCUUUGUGCAGUGCAGCGUUGUCAUGACCACACAGACGAGGGCCUUCCGUCACGAGGGAUGCCCCCCCUGCAGCAUCUCCACAUAGCAGGCUGCCGUUUGACGGCCCUGCACAACCAGAAGCACCGUUGAUCCAUUGCAGGAUCAUGAUGGACCCCCCCUCCACUGUGCCGUGUGGAGAACAUCUCGGGUGGGAUCUCCUUGUCAUGCCAGUAACGUUGGAAGCCGUCAGGACCGUCAAGGUUACAUUUUUUUCUCAUCAGAGAAUAAAACUUUUUUCCACCUUUCAGUGUUGUCCAAAUUCCCAAAGGAAACGAGGCCUUGGAAAAUGUUUUUGCUUCUCAAAACCCUCUUCUGGCAGAUGGCAUCUGCACUUGGCACCAGUAACAACCUUCAUUUGGGCCAAGGAUGGUCCCGUGUCCCGACGGACAGCCAAACUCAUUUUGUUGGGUCUACCACUUGACGUUUUUGUUCCAUGAGCCUCAGGAUGUUUUUCAGAAGUUUGAACUGACCAUCUUCCUGCAUCCAACCUCAGCAGCGAUGGUGCGCUGCCAGAGAGAGAGGCCUCGCUUAUGCAGCUCAACAAUCCCACCGCCUUCAAAGACAGAAAGCUUUUUUGCCUUUGCCAUCAAGAGAUGGUGACAGUGUGAAUUCCUGACACUAAAUCACAUUCAGUACACAUUUUGACCAACAUUUUGCCUUUGAAAGGCUUUGCUCUUCAACUUUUGGAUCAGCUGAUG